CGUGCGGAGCGCCAAACCCAAACUUUUUCACGCGCCGUGCACCGCCUCACCUUCACCUGCCCGCUUCCUUCUCGCGGAUUAACACCUGAGCAUCAACCCGCUGCUGCAGUUUCCCCGUUUUUCACCAGAUUACGAUGGAUUAACAUUUUCUCCGGAGCUAUGCUCGCAUUCUCGGUUCAUCCUGGGUCGAGCCACCGAGUCCUCGCAGGGAACCGACCCGACUUGGACGUCCUCCAUUCCCGUUUCCGCAUUCCCGCAGCCGCCGUGCGCACUGCAGCCGCGGAGCUCAGAUCCAUGAUCUCAACAGAAAAAACCGGUUCCUCCGGCUAAUCUACCCAACUAUUGCUGGCGUUGCAUUAUGUUUGGAGCCGGGGGAAGAGAGGGAACCCGGAGGACUGAACGGCUGCUCACUGCGGGCUGCGAGAGGACGAUCUCAGCGGACUGAGAGACCCCGAUCCGCGUCUUAUUGAUCGGUGUAACGAUCAAACCUGGAAUAACCCCGCCGCCGCUCCUUCAUGUCCCGGGAUGGAGAGUUGCUGUCGCUCCUGUAUGCCGUGUUUAAGCCGGCUCUGGGACUGCAUUUGGCCGGACUUCCGCUACCCAAACGUCCCCAACAACAACCAUGUCAUCGCCAACCCUGGCGCGCAGGCGGCGGAGAUCCGCACCGUGUCCGGAGACAUCCGCGUCCCGUCGCCCAAGAAGCGGCCGGUGCAGCUUUACGCGGCGCUCUUCGACUUCGAGGCCCGCAGCGACGACGAGCUGACGGUGAAGGAGGGGGACAAGCUGUCGGUGAUCGAGAAGCGGGGCGAGUACGUGCUGGCCAAGAAGCUGACCGGGUCUCUGGAGUCCGGACUGAUCCCUGCAAACUACGUGGCUCUGCUGCAGGACGAGUUCGCCAAACAUAAGUGGUACUACGGGAACAUAAACCGUGUGAAAGCUGAGAAGCUGCUGCUGGCUCCCCAAAACAAAGAUGGCUCCUUCCUGGUUCGCAUCAGUGAAAGCCACAGUGACGAGUACACAAUCUCCGCCCGGAGUGAGGGGAAGGUGUACCACUUCAGGAUCCAGCGCUCAUCCAUCGGGGCCUACUUUGUCUCAGAUAAGAUCUCCUUCGCUACGCUGGGAGAGCUGAUCUCCUACUACCAGAAGAACCCUCGCAGCCUGGGAGUGCCACUGGAGGAGCCCUGCGCUCAGCAGCGGGAGCUGUUUGACAUGGAGCCGUGGGAGAGACCUCGAGAGGAAUUCAGGCUCCACAAGAAGCUGGGAGAGGGACACUUUGGAGAGGUGUGGGAGGCUCUGUGGACCACAGAGAACAAGAAAGUGGCCAUAAAGACACUGAAACAAGAGGACACGAAGCAGGACGAGUUUGUGAAGGAGGUUCAGGCGUUGAAGAGUCUCCAUCACCCGAAGCUGAUCCAGCUGUUGGCCAUGUGCUCCAGAGGAGAGCCGGUCUACAUCGUGACCGAACUCAUGAGCAAAGGAAGCCUCAAGUCCUACCUCGCCUCUGCUGAAGGCCAGGUGCUGACAUCAGCUCAUCUGAUCUACAUGGGCAGUCAGAUCGCAGAGGGCAUGGCCUACCUGGAGGACAGAAACAUCGUCCACAGAGACCUGGCUGCCAGAAACAUCCUGGUGGGAGAAGAUCUGGUCUGCAAGGUGGCCGACUUCGGACUGGCUCGGAUCAUUAAGGACAGUGUGUACACAGCCAGUCGAAACACAAAGAUCCCGGUCAGGUGGACGGCUCCUGAAGCAGCAAUUUACCAGAAGUUUUCCGUAAAAUCCGACGUCUGGUCUUUCGGGGUCCUGCUCUAUGAGAUGAUGUCACGCGGCAAGAUGCCUUAUGAAGGAAAAAGCAACAAAGAAGUGUUGGAUCUGCUGUCAUCGGGGUUUCGGCUGCCCUGUCCAACACGCUGCCCUCAGAAUAUUUACCGCAUCAUGAUGGACUGCUGGGCCGCCGAGCCCUUUAAGAGACCCUCCUUCCACGCCCUGCACAGCCAGCUGGAUACGAUAUAUGCCAGGAUAUAUUUCAAGACUAUAGAAGUAUAAACAUGCAUGGUGAAAGUAUCUGCAACUGCAAGCAGGACGGACUGCAAAUAUGAAGAAAAGGGGGAAUGAGAAACAGCGAAGAAUAUUCUCCUUCCUCAUGCACAAACAGGGUAAAAGUACUUUAAAAACACCACGGUUUGGAAGGACGGAGGGAGAAGAGCAUUAAAGCGGACAAACAGGAGUAAAAUGUUCAAGAUGCUCGCCAAAUCAAAGAACAAUACUUAAUUUCUGAGGCUAAAACAAAGCAAGAAAGACUAAAAGUAGCCUGAGAAAGGUGUGUAAAUACACUCCUACUUAAAAAACUGAACACUAAACCCCUGGGCACAUUCACAACUGUUUUUAAUUUUAUACCCUUUUGUGUUUUAUAAAUAAUAUUUUAUUACGUCUGUAUGUGCCAUGUCUGUGUAUGCACACUUGCAGAUGUUGUGAAAUCACAGGUCAGGGCUCAACCUGUCUUCUGACUGUAAAGCCAGUGCUUCAAUCUAAGUUAUGUGCAAUAAUUCAGAGCUUGCUGGGUUUUUAGCCACGCUAAGGGGUCCCCGUGCCGGAUGACAGACCAGCACUUCAAUCUAUUGUGAAAUAUGGACAAAGUUUCAUGUUUUUCCCUUUUAGGAAAAAGCAACAUGACACAUUGCCAUGAUACUUGGUAACAGAACAUCACUUUACACAAAGGAUGAACCAAACAACUUUAAUAAACUGAUGAUUUUUAAUCUGGUGCCACCAUUCAAGUCAAAAUCCCCUCAUCCAUCACUUCUGAGGUAUAAUCUCUUAUUCAAGAUCAAAUUUAUUUUUUUUAAGAUAAAAGGGUAGGAUAGAAUAAAAGUAUCUUAAUAACAUUACAGUGACCAAUAACUCUUUUGGUGCACAUAUGGCAUGCAAGGAGUAUCAUAAACUUUUAAAAAUCCAAACUUAUGCUUUUAGUUCAACAUUUGGGAUGUAUGUUUCUUUGAUCAGCGUUUUUUUUUUAGAGAAAUCUGUAAUGAAAACCCGUUUUGAGUUGUCCUAAAAUGGCCAUUUCUUCAAGGAUAACCCAUUUGAUAUAUGUGACAAAAUGUCUUUUCCUGUGGGACAAACAAAACAUUUUAUACCCCAUCAUCCAUGAGGAUCAAAGUCAAACUUUCCUCUGAAUUUUUCAGCCAUUCUUUGUUUUUUUCUGGCCUCGUGGGGCCUCUAGCGUGGCUACACAUUGUUAGUUUUGUUAUUAACCACAAGCAUAAAGUAUUUCAUUCAGCCUUCCUUCUGUUGCAGGAAUUUGAGAAGGUUUUGAGAAAAUGUUACACAUGUAAGUUUCUCUAGAAUAGUGUGGGAAUUGUUUUUAUCCUUUGAUACAUAUUUGGGGGUUGACCCAGCGCUUGAAAAGCCAGCGGGCCAAAGAGCCAUGUGUACAGGCUUUAAGUUAUUAAACCUCUUUCAGAGGCCCGCUGUAAUGGCCAGCUACAACUAGAGUGCCUAUGUUUACACCACAGACUACACUUCAAACUGUAAAGAGCUACAAAGAUGAAGAACCUAAAGCAAAAAGACCUGCACAGUGAAUCAGCCAUGUCCAGAAGGCUCUUUCGGGGAGGGGCGGUUUGUGGGAUUUCUGCACCACAAAAUUGUACAACAAUGUUGCAAUGCAAUGCAAUUUGAGAACAAUGCAACUUUUGUCUUUUAUGCAUGAUGAUAAACGGCAGACGGAGCCAAGUUCAGGAAACUCUAGCCAUAAUCACCAAAUCACAAGAUUGAGUUGUAUGUUUGAGGCUGCGUGCCAUCAGGUACCAAACACCAGUAGUGCACAGAAUAAAAAAUAUUUUAAGUAUUGUUUUGAAA